AUUAUACACACCCAAAAAUUAGAUUACGGAGAAUUGAAGAAAGAACUCACAAGGAAGAAGAAAUGAUUGGCAUAAAAGAUCUGUACUGUGUGUUGACAGCCGUAGUUCCUCUCUACGUCACCAUGUUCUUAGCUUACGCUUCUGUAAAAUGGUGGAACAUAUUUUCUCCCGAUCAAUGCGCCGGCAUAAACAGGUUCGUCGCCAUUUUAGCCGUCCCACUCCUCUCAUUCGAGUUCAUUUCAAGAAUAAACCCUUAUAGAAUGAACUUACUUUUUCUGGCCGCCGACGGAAUCUCCAAGCUUAUAAUUUUGUUUGCCUUGCUUUGCUGGGCUAAUUUCUCCCGAAAAGGAAAUCUCGACUGGGCAAUAACACUUUUCUCCCUCUCCUCUCUCCCCAACACUCUGGUUAUGGGGAUUCCUUUGUUGAAAUCCAUGUACGGAGAUGACAAGGAGUUUCUCAUGGUCCAAGUCGUGGUGUUGCAGUGCAUUAUGUGGUAUACCUUAUUGCUGUUUUUGUUUGAGUAUAGAGCUGCCAGGAAUGUUCUUGUCGCCAACAGGAUGAAGCUGGCUGGUAAUUACAGUAAUGAAAGAAAUAUUCAGCUGGUUCAGGGAGGUGACGAACUGGUGGCUGGCGCUCCUGAGGAAGAUGAAGUUGUCGGCGUUGUGGUAGCGAGUGGUUUAACGACGUCGGAUUCGCAGAAGUUAAAGCCUAUCCAAGCUGCAGCCAUAGAGGGAGACUGUAAACAGGUCCAUUUGUUCAUUUGGCGAUGUGGCUGUUGCGUUUCUCAAGGUGUUUGCGAGAAGGCAGUGCAAGUUUUCGAAAAAGAAGAAAGCAACGUAGAGACAAUGAUGACAUAUGAGAAAACAGAAGCAGUUCCCGAUGAUCAGAAUAACAAAAAAGAUAUUUCUUCUCCAUUAAUAUUCUCCUGGGAGCUGGUCUGGCAGAUUCUCAAAACAGUAUGGUUUAAACUUUUAAGGAAUCCCAACUCUUACGCCAGCGUACUCGGCAUAACUUGGGCCUUAAUUUCUUGCAGAUGGGAUAUAAAGAAACCCGAAAUAAUGGACAAUUCGGUGACAAUUUUGUCGAAAGCCGGUCUGGGUAUGGCUAUGUUUAGUCUUGGGCUGUUCAUGGCAUUGCAACCCAGAUUGAUAGCUUGUGGAAAAAGAGUUACAGUGUAUUGGAUGGUAGCUAGGUUUAUGGUUGGACCUGGAGUGAUGGGAAUAGCUUCAGUUGCAGUAGGGCUUAGAGGCACCGUACUUAAACUCUCCAUUGUACAAGCUGCCCUCCCACAAGCCAUUGUUCCCUUCGUUUUUGCCAGGGAAUAUAAUCUUCAUCCUCAUGUUUUAAGCACUGCGGUGAUAUUUGGAAUGAUAGUUUCGCUGCCAAUCACUAUAUUAUAUUACAUUCUAUUGGGUCUCUAAUUUGAGCGGAGUGUAGAUAAUACAGAUAUAUAUAUAUAUAUAUAUAUAUGGGUCACUAUAAAAAUUAGUUGAGGUAAGUUUUGACUA